AGAAAUGUCUAGAAAAGCAGGUUCUUUAUGUGGAUCCUGAGUUCCCACCGGACGAGACCUCUCUCUUUUAUAGCCAGAAGUUCCCCAUCCAGUUCAUCUGGAAGAGACCUCCGAAAGAAUCCCAGCAAGGCUGAUGGAAGUAGCCUGAAGGUCUGCAGGUCUUGUGGCCUGUCCUGGGGCUGUCCCUGGCUCUCUCGCUCCCCUUGCCAGCUCCCUGUCUGACUGGCAUGGUGUUGCCCCUUGACCGUGGGCUCAGGGGCCUCCAGCCAAAGCUGCUGACUCUGACCACGGCCUUUCUCUGGGCUGUGUUCAUUUGCAUUGCGCUGCUGAGAGUGGAGGAGCUAUAUAGGCUCCGGCCCAUUCACGGGAGGAUUAGGCCUUGGACUGAGGGCGCAGCAGGAGAGAGGCCACAGUGAAGUCCCAGCUCCACUCCCUGAGUGGUCACCAUGCCCUACCUGCUGCCAGGAUUCUUCUGUGACCGUGUGAUCCGGGAGAGGGACAGGAGAAACGGAGAAGGCACCGCCACACGGCCCCUCAAGUAUGAGGGGCAGGAUUUUGUUGUUCUCAGACAACGGUGCCUGGCUCAGAAGUGCCUCUUUGAAGACCGUGUGUUCCCAGCAGGUGUUCAGUCCCUGGGCUCCCAUGAGCUGAGCCAGAAAACCAAGAUGAAGGCCAUCAUGUGGAAAAGGCCAAAGGAAAUUUGUGAGAAUCCCCGAUUUAUCAUUGGCGGAGCCAACAGAACUGACAUCUGUCAAGGAGAUCUAGGGGACUGCUGGUUUCUCGCAGCCAUCGCUUGCCUGACCCUGAACAAGCGACUGCUUUUCCGGGUCAUACCCCAUGAUCAGAGUUUCACCGAAAACUACGCGGGGAUCUUUCACUUCCAGUUCUGGCGCUAUGGAGACUGGGUGGACGUGGUUAUUGAUGACUGCCUGCCGACUUACAACAAUGAACUGGUUUUCACCAAAUCCAACCACCACAAUGAGUUCUGGAGCGCUCUGCUGGAGAAGGCUUAUGCUAAGCUCCAUGGUUCAUAUGAAGCCCUGAAAGGUGGGAACACUACAGAGGCCAUGGAGGACUUCACAGGAGGAGUAACAGAGUUUUUUGAAAUCAAGGAUGCUCCCAGAGACAUGUACAAGAUCAUGAAGAAAGCCAUCGAGAGGGGCUCCCUCAUGGGUUGCUCCAUUGAUACGAUUGUUCCAGUUCAGUACGAGACAAGAAUGGCCUGUGGGCUGGUCAAAGGCCACGCCUACUCAGUCACUGGGCUGGAGGAGGCCCUGUACAAGGGUGAGAAAGUGAAGCUGGUGCGGCUGCGGAACCCCUGGGGCCAGGUGGAGUGGAAUGGAUCCUGGAGUGACAGUUGGAAGAACUGGAGCUUUGUGGACAAGAACGAGAAGGCCCGUCUGCAACACCAGGUCACGGAGGAUGGAGAGUUCUGGAUGUCCUAUGACGAUUUCAUCUACCAUUUCACAAAGCUGGAGAUCUGCAACCUCACAGCUGAUGCCCUGGAGUCCGACAAGCUUCAGACUUGGACAGUGUCCGUGAACGAGGGCCGCUGGGUGAGGGGCUGCUCUGCUGGAGGCUGCCGCAACUUCCCAGACACUUUCUGGACCAACCCUCAGUACCGUCUGAAGCUCCUGGAGGAGGAUGACGACCCUGACGAGUCCGAGGUGAUCUGCAGCUUCCUGGUGGCCCUGAUGCAGAAGAACCGGCGGAAGGACCGGAAGCUGGGGGCCAACCUCUUCACCAUCGGCUUCGCCAUCUACGAGGUUCCCAAAGAGAUGCACGGGAACAAGCAGCACCUGCAGAAGGACUUCUUCCUGUACAACGCCUCCAAGGCCAGGAGUAAAACCUACAUCAACAUGCGGGAGGUGUCUGAGCGCUUCCGCCUGCCUCCCAGCGAGUAUGUCAUUGUGCCCUCCACCUACGAGCCCCACCAGGAGGGGGAAUUCAUCCUCCGGGUCUUCUCUGAAAAGAGGAACCUCUCCGAGGAAGUUGAGAAUACAAUCUCCGUGGAUCGGCCAGUGUCAGAGCCCGGCAGUGCUGACCAGGAAAGUGAGGAACAGCAGCAAUUCGGGAACAUUUUCAGGCAAAUAGCAGGCGAUGACAUGGAGAUCUGUGCAGAUGAGCUCAAGAAUAUCCUUAACAGAGUUGUGAACAAACAUAAGGAUCUGAAGACACAAGGCUUCACGCUGGAGUCCUGCCGUAGCAUGAUUGCUCUCAUGGACACAGACGGCUCUGGGAGACUGAACCUGCAAGAGUUCCAUCACCUCUGGAAGAAGAUUAAGGCCUGGCAGAAAAUUUUCAAGCACUAUGACACAGACCAAUCCGGCACCAUCAACAGCUACGAGAUGCGAAAUGCAGUCAAUGACGCAGGCUUCCACCUCAACAACCAGCUCUACGACAUCAUCACCAUGCGCUAUGCAGACAGGUCCAUGAACAUCGACCUCGACAGCUUCAUCUGCUGCCUCCUCAGGCUGGAGGGCAUGUUCAGAGCUUUUACUGCAUUUGACAAGGAUGGUGACGGUAUCAUCAAACUCAACGUUCUAGAGUGGCUGCAGCUCACCAUGUACGCCUGAACCAAGCUGGCCUCAUCCAAGGCCAUGCAGGAUCACUCAGGAUUUCAAUUUCACCCAACAGAGCUAGAGCCACUUACCUCAAAGGACACAGUAGCUGCACCCCCAGCAGACCUCCAGGCACCUCAUCGGUCUUGUUCCUCCUCUACUCACUUCCUUCUCAGCCUCAGGGUAUCUGUCCAUCUGUCAUGCCCAGCCUCACCCUUUAGUUAAGGAAUGGGGAAGGGAGAACAACUCUGUCCCUGUGCCACAUGGAGGCAAGUGUCUCCGUCUGCCUCAGCUAGCCAUGGUCCAGUGACAGCUUUGCUUGGAGUCUGAGUGGCCUCAGCUCUGAAGCAAACACUCCCUUUAGCUUGCCCUCGGCUGUUCGCAGAAGCAUUUGCCAGUGGCACUCAACACUUCCUGGUGCUAGAGCCCUCUAUCACCUUUAUAUUCUCCCACUCCCAUGACAGCAGCCCAAUGAGCGUUUGGUUCUGCCUGUUUCAGGAUGGGCCUGCUCCAGAGUAAGCUAGCUCAGCGGAAGAGGGUUGGACACUUUGGGUUAUCUGACUCGUAAGUUUGGUUGCAUUUUGAAAAAAAGUUGAUCUAAAUAAAGGCACCUGUAUAGCUGG